GCUCAAUCACUGCCGGGCUGACGUCUGUUGUUGUCUGGUCUGAGGCUGCGCGGCUCCAAGAAUUCCCACGGUGCUGCUGUCUCCGCCGCCGCCGUCUCCGCCGCGGUGAUCGCCGCAGUGCUGGGGAAAGAACCCAUCACUUGUACAUUAUAGGUUUUUUGCAGUUGGAUCUACGGAGCAGAAUGCUGUGGAAAGUAGCUGCAUUACUCAGCCUGGUCCUGGGCAUUGGCGCCCUUCCCACCAGUGUGGAUGAUGACCCUGAGGAUGGUGGCAAGCACUGGGUGGUGAUUGUCGCAGGCUCCAAUGGCUGGUACAAUUACAGGCACCAGGCUGACGUGUGCCACGCCUACCAGAUCAUCCACCGCAAUGGGAUCCCGGACGAGCAGAUCGUCGUGAUGAUGUAUGAUGACAUUGCCUACUCAGAAGAAAACCCCACUCCAGGAAUUGUGAUCAACAGGCCCGGCGGCUCCGAUGUGUAUAAGGGAGUCCUUAAGGAUUACACAGGAGAGGAUGUGACCCCAGAAAACUUCCUUGCGGUGCUGAAAGGUGACGAAGAGGCAGUGAAGGGCAAAGGGUCUGGAAAAGUCCUGAAGAGCGGUCCCCGAGAUCACGUGUUCAUUUAUUUCACUGACCAUGGAGCACCUGGAAUACUGGCUUUUCCUAAUGAUGAUCUCCAUGCCAAGGACCUGAACAAGACCAUCCGUUACAUGCACAAGCACCAAAUGUACCAGAAGAUGGUGUUCUACAUCGAAGCCUGUGAGUCUGGCUCCAUGAUGAACCACCUGCCCCAGGACAUCAACGUUUAUGCAACUACAGCUGCCAACCCCAGCGAGUCCUCCUAUGCCUGCUACUAUGAUGAGCAGAGGUCCACGUACCUGGGUGACUGGUACAGCGUCAACUGGAUGGAAGACUCGGACAUGGAGGAUCUGAGCAAGGAGACACUCCACAAGCAGUAUCAGCUGGUGAAGUCCCACACCAACACCAGCCACGUCAUGCAGUACGGGAAUAAGUCCAUCUCUGCCAUGAAAGUGAUACAGUUUCAAGGAGUGAAGCACAAAGCCGGUGCCCCAGUCUCUCUGCCUCCGGUCACACACCUUGACCUCACUCCGAGCCCGGAAGUGCCCCUGGAGAUCAUGAAAAGGAAACUGAUGAGCACCAAUGAUUGGAAGAAGUCCCAGAGUCUCAUUAAGCAGAUCCAGCAACAUCUGGAUGUUCGGCACCUCAUUGAGAAGUCGGUGCGUAAGAUCGUCUUCUUGCUGGCAGGGUCCGAGGCUGCGACCGAGAGGCUUCUGACUGAGAGAGCCCCUCUCACGGAGCAUGACUGCUACGAGGAGACCGUGACACACUUCCGCACACACUGCUUCAACUGGCAUUCGUCCACGUACGAAUAUGCCCUGAGACACCUGUACGUCCUGGUCAACCUGUGCGAGAAGAAGUAUCCAUCUGACAGGAUAAAGUCGUCCAUGGACAAGGUGUGCCUCGGUUACUACUGAACAGCUGCCUUCUCAGUGCUUCUCCACGUGUGACACUAUCCCUUAAAAUGUGCUCCCCAGAGG